CAGGGCGGACGGGGCGCGAGCGGCUCACGCGACGUCGACCGCCGGAGUCAGGGUGCACGUGCUCGCCGCAGCCUCUUCCCAGGAUACGCCUCCGUCGCUGCCGAGGGACACCGUGUCGUGUCUCGCUCGAUUCCUGCCGGCGACCGGACGGGGUGCUGGACGGGCCCGAGAUGCCCGUGGCUGCCGAUGCCCCGACGGCGGGCAGUGCGGACGUGAAGAUGGAGACCGGAGGACGCAGGGUAUCCAAACCACUGAUGGAGAAGCGCAGACGAGCCCGGAUCAACCGCUGCCUGAGCCAGCUCAAGGCUCUCCUGGUGGACUCAUCGAAGCCAGAGUCCCCGCGGCACGCGAGACUUGAGAAGGCGGACAUCCUGGAGAUGACCGUGAAUCACCUGCAGGCUUUGCAUCGACAAAGGAGAACUGCUCGGCUACUCGACGACUCCGAGGUGCGCCACAAGUUCCGCGCGGGCUACGAGGAGUGCAUCCUGGAAACGCGGCGGUUCCUCUGCUCGCUGGCCGACCGGCAGCUGCUGACCAAUAGUGGCGCCGACCCGGUGUCCGUGCGGGACCGCGUUCUGGCGCACCUGCAGGCACGGGCCCGGGAGAUCGAAGACCCCGACGGGGCGCUGGCCUCGCUGCUCGACGACGUGGUGCCGCAGAGCCCCGAGCCGUCCAGUCCGUCUUCGAGCGACGACGCGACGUCCGUCGAGAGGUCCAAGUCGCCCGACCAGGCAGCAGCGGCCCAGACCACCGCCCUGCCCACCGUGGCAGGAGUGCGCGUUCGGCCCAAGCGGCUUCGCAACGGCGACCUCAUCCUCGUGCUUCCACGCGACCUGAUGACCGGCGCCGGAGUCGCCGAACUGUCCUUCUCCGACGAAGACCCCUGUCCGUCUCCCGGCGACAAGGAUCGCGGCGGAACGCCUCGUUCUCCCACGCACGACGACGUGUCGUCCACGUCCUCUUCUUUUUCGGCGUCGACGACGAGUGAAGUCUCUCGGCGUGCUGAGGACCUCGUCGAAGGUGUACAAGAGGAGGUCUGGAGGCCUUGGUGAUUGAGGGGCAAAGGGUGCCCGGUGGUGAAGUUCUCGCUCCCGAUGACUCCGAGUUUGGUGCGGUGUGGCUUGUGCCGGUGUGUUCAGUGCCGUUGUUGUAGUGAGCCUAAAGUCGCUCUUGGGCUCUGGCGUUUGAAUGUCUUGGACGGCAAUCAAGACAGUGUCAUUGCCUCCAAUCCGCGUAAUUUGUAUCCGCAAAAUUUAAGUGUCCUUAUGGCGUUUUCCACUCAAGUGAAGAGUUCUGCGCUGUUAUCUUACCGUUGUAUCGCGGGAACGGCAUCAGUGGAGGUGCGUGAGCACUACAUUCUAGACCAUGUCUCAUAACAUGCGUCAGUGAAACCAAUCACGGUCAUGCGUGUGAUGUUACGUAGUUGAUUUGUUUUUUAUUCAGUCAGAAUUAAUUUUAUUCUGGCUUUUUAAGUUAUGCAUAGUCUUACUCAAAACGCAGGUAUUUCUCCAUCAUUGCUGUAGUUAGUUUUGAGUCUAAAAAUUUGAUUUUUAUAGUUUUGUAUCCUAGACAGCCAUUUGAUGUGCCCGAUAGCAACGUUCUUACUUCAAUACUGUUAAAUAUACGCGCGUAUUUUUAUUGUAAUUCGUAUAGAAAGUGAUGUCUGAGUAUAGUGAGCACUCGGUUGAUCAAAUCAUUUCUUGUGUUUUUUCAUUAAAUUUUCUUGAUGAAAAAAAAAUCAAAGAACCAACAAUAUUGAUUAGCGUCGCUCUUGGUUCCCUUCGUCGUAAUUUGAAUGUAGCAUGUCUGGAUACAAGGUACCUUUACCUUUUACAGCUAUGUGCGCCAUCUAAUUGCCGCUGUGCCAAAUAUUUAAGGGCGCAACAUUCGUUAUGUCUCAGCGCGUAUUGACUACAAAUAACAUGUCAGCGUUUGGGUAGAGUAUUACUCCAAUCAUUACGUCGGCUUCGGGGUCAAAUUCAAUCACAUGUUACUCUCUGGAAAUGAAGAAAAAUGGUGGCCGCCAAUGUUGCUUCUUCUGCAAUACCGAAAAGAGUUUGCUGGCAAUGGGGGAAGAGGCAUUUCUUUUCAUUUAUUCUCACUGAACAUGGUUGCGGCGAUAUCACCUAAAUAAUUUUACGUGACCUUAAACAAAAUGACAUGCACUUGGUUCUUCCAUAGGCUCACAAAACAAAUCCUGAAACUGUCACAAGCGCCUUUUGGAGGGCAGGCGUACCGUCCACCGGCUUCUUGUAUUGGCUGGUGCAGCUUUACAGAACCGUAUUUGAAACGCCUAUAGUAGACUGCCUUUACCCGUCACCACUUGAAGAAGCGUUAAAAAAUAAAUUGUGGGAAGGGAAAACUGGUUGCAACUGAAAACGCCUUAUAUCGUGAUCUCGUGGGUCGAAGGGCAUCGCAAAUACAUUGCUCUGACGAACGGUCUAUUCAAAAACUCCUAAAGGUUGUUUUUUUUUGUAAUGAAAGCCGUUGGAUUGUUCUUGUUAUCGUGUUAGCGUGCGAAGCUUCCAAGGAAGCUAGCUUUUAUAGAACUUCUCAUCGUGGUACUUCCAAACAUAGUUUAAAGGAUAUCUGCUAUCGAAUAUGACAAGUGCUUCAGUGACGAUGGAUGUUACACCAAAUUGCGAUGCCAACAUAGCAAUUUAAACCAAGUUGGAGUUUGCCGGAGGGCCCUGUAUGUGCCUUUUAUACGUUCCUCGAGUGACUGCGUUCAAAGUAACAACGCAAUGGAACAACAUGAUGUCCCUUACUCGUAGGAGACAGGAAACGGGAUGCAUUGCAAAGCAGCACGCAAAUGGUAGAGACUCCGUCAACAUCCAGUUUGACUCAACGGGCAUUUCCUUGUUCCGCUUUGUAUUGCGGGUUACUGUACAUGUUGCAUGAGUGGGUUUUCCAUGGCAAUUGUCGCAGCGUAAAGAGUUUGUUUGCCUCUACCUUUUUGAAGCAGGUUACAAGAAGCGCUCUUACAUCUUUGAACCCAUGUUCAUAGCCCGGAUCCAUUGUGUGCUCGGCGCUAGUGCCAACGUUUUAAGGCUGCGCAAUAAAGCCCUUUUUAAUUUUU